CGGGGCGCACGGCCAAAGAACCCGCCAUUUCUACGAGGUGCAACGGACGAAUCCCCAGCAUCGCGGCAGGGGCGCCUUGUCAGCGGAGUUCCAAGCCUGGCCAGCCUAGCAGCCUCACCGGACCACGCCAUGUCUACGAGCGACGCCUUGCUUGUGUGUGACCGCCCAUGCACCUCCCCCCUGUCCUAUAUCACACUACUCGCCGACCUUUUUGCAACGCCCGUGAAUGCAGCGACUGGAGAGCCAAUGCUGGUAGCGCACUCUGGGGAGACGGUGUGCCGUUCCAAUACGAUGCCUCUUCGCUACUUAAACGCCAUCCUCGGGGAUCGAGGAGCAAGACUAAGGCAUUGAAGUUGAGACGCCCCCAGACUGCGCGAAACACAUCUCAACCCCACAGAAUACCGGUGUGAACAAAAGCCAGGACAGCAAACAUGACCUCCCGGUCUUCGCUGUCUCCUUCUCCUACCAAGGCGCCGCGCCCCUUUCUCUCUCUGCCCUCAGAGAUACGUUUGAAAAUCUACCCACAUGUCUUCUUCUGCGCCCAGCCACUUCGUAUUACACCGUCACUACAAGCCAUCCAAUAUCGCCUCAACAGCGGCAAAAUGCUAUCAAUUUCAUCGACAUGCCAGUUACAAAUGAUGACUUUCAGCCGCGAUGGCCCCUCUGCGCCCAUGGGCCGCGCUGCGAACAGCUGCUCCGGUGUUCGUCUUUCUUCCCAAAUCCUGCGCGUCUGCCGCCAGGUCUAUGCCGAAGCUCUGCCCAUCCUGUACCACAUCAACAUGUUUGAAUGCUCGGUGCGCUCCGCGCAUCAGAAUAUCACACGAGUCGUCUCGACCCCGAACUUCCGACUCAUUCGCCACUUGGUCCUCGAUUGCGCAUACGUCAAAGACUUGCUGUCCUUGCUCGCCCAAGAGGAGCAAGCUGCCGCGACCGGCGGGCUAGAAGUUCUUGAGCUCCGAAGCUGGCCGAAGCCUGAAUGGCAAUCACAUCCAUAUAGUCUCGGUGUACGGAGACGAAACGAAGCAGGUAUUGAUUUCCACCCGCCCAUGAGAAGUAGCACACGUCCUCCUGAUGCAGAUCCUCGGUGGGAAGAACGCCAGCUUUUACGGGAACUAAUGGAAAUCUGUAAAAAACACGCCCAAUUGCGGCAUCUCGUGCGGGAGACGACCGAGACAAGCCACCCCGAAGAGCGUCGGGCCAGGGAAGUCAGGAGAGAGAGGCUGAUGGAGUUUCUGAUCCGGUUGCCAGAGCCCGCGCCGGGACUAGAACACGUCGCACACCCCGAGCCCGAACCCAACGUCCAGGUAAUAAUAACCUGGCGACUGGUCUCCGAAAACGGUGCCAGAGAGCUGAAAGACAACGAGGAGCUCGUGGAUCUGGAGAAUGCGUUGGCCGAGAAAGAGGAGGCGUCGAGAACCUGGGCACCCACACCCACGUAUCAUGGAGAAGAUUUUUUCCACGCCAGAGGGCUACAGUUCGAAGAUCUCUCGUAGUACCAACAGUAACUUAAGCAGGCUUUUUCGUCUUCCGCAGUGCGAAGAUUCCUCCGGCCCAUUCCACCACGAAAUUGUUGACACCCUCUUCCGGGCCGUGAUCAUCAGGCUGGAGCUGUGAGCAUAGAGUCGAAUCCACUGCAGAAAAGUCCAAGGCUCCCUGCUCGGUGUGGUAAGCAGUCGCCGCUGCUACUGCCACCCAGAUAUAUGUCAAGGGCGAGGGGCGACUGGCGACUAGGUAGGGGGAAUGGAAAUUUCGGAUGUUGGCCUGGUGCAUGCAGUGUAUGUGUAUCUUUUGGAAUCUCUAGAUGGGUCAGACCCCAUCGAUUACAAUCUUUUCUGGCCCCUUCAAGGCGUCUGCGACGUGCGUGAGGGAACGAGAGCAAACCAAGGGUCAGCUUGAUAAGGAAUGCCGAAGAACAGACGAGAAAAAGGGUAUGCAAUAGUCGAUGAUCAAUUCGUUGUUAAUAUAGCAAACCUCCCUUGAUUAAAAUGGACGAUUUUUC